AUGAUCAAGCUCAAAUGUGUUUUCUUCUUCCACGUACUGGGCAAAUCCAGAAGCAUCGACGAAAAACAAGUUAACGUGCCAAGGCACCGACUCGACAAGAUCAAGAUCUUGGAUGAGCCCAUCCGCUCCUCGACACUGUACAGUGAAGUACGCCUGCUGCGAGCCCGAAGAUCAGAGCAGCAGCCCCCAUAG